CUGUGUGAGGCUAGUGGAGGGCUGCUUCUGCCGCCUUUUCUGCCUGGGGUUACAAUCAAGAUGGUACAUGCUGAAGCCUUUUCUCGUCCUUUGAGUCGGAAUGAAGUUGUUGGUUUAAUUUUCCGUUUGACAAUAUUUGGUGCAGUAACAUACUUCACAAUCAAAUGGAUGGUAGAUGCAAUUGAUCCAACUCGCAAACAAAAAGUAGAAGCUCAGAAACAGGCAGAAAAACUAAUGAAGCAAAUUGGUGUGAAAAAUGUGAAGCUUUCAGAAUAUGAAAUGAGUAUUGCUGCUCAUCUAGUAGACCCUCUUAACAUGCAUGUUACUUGGAGUGAUAUUGCAGGUUUGGAUGAUGUUAUUACAGAUCUAAAAGAUACAGUUAUCUUACCUAUUAAAAAGAAGCACUUGUUUGAAAAUUCCAGACUUCUACAGCCUCCAAAAGGCGUUCUUCUCUAUGGACCUCCAGGCUGUGGUAAAACCUUGAUCGCCAAAGCUACAGCCAAAGAAGCAGGUUGUCGAUUUAUUAAUCUUCAGCCAUCCACACUGACUGAUAAGUGGUAUGGAGAAUCCCAGAAGUUGGCCGCUGCUGUUUUCUCCCUUGCUGUCAAGCUUCAGCCUUCUAUCAUCUUUAUAGAUGAAAUAGAUUCCUUUCUACGAAACCGUUCAAGUUCUGACCAUGAAGCAACAGCUAUGAUGAAAGCUCAAUUUAUGAGCCUCUGGGAUGGAUUGGAUACUGAUCACAGCUGCCAGGUUAUAGUAAUGGGAGCUACUAAUCGUCCUCAGGAUCUUGACUCAGCUAUCAUGAGAAGAAUGCCUACAAGAUUUCAUAUCAAUCAGCCGGCACUAAAACAAAGAGAAGCAAUCCUGAAACUCAUUUUGAAAAAUGAAAAUGUGGAUAGGCAUGUGGAUCUGCUGGAAGUUGCCCAGGAAACCGAUGGGUUUUCAGGAAGUGACCUGAAAGAGAUGUGUCGGGAUGCUGCCCUCCUCUGUGUUAGGGAAUAUGUUAAUUCUGCAUCCGAAGAAAGCCGUGAUGAAGAUGAAAUUCGGCCUGUGCAACAACAGGACCUGCACCGGGCGAUUGAAAAGAUGAAGAAAUCAAAGGAUGCAGCAUUUCAGAAUGUUUUAACACAUGUUUGUUUAGAUUAAGAGUAAAGAUCAUUUGUACAGUUCAAUGUGACCUAGUUUGAUGUACCCAUUCAUCAGUAGUGGAAAAGAAUGGAGGAGUGUUCUUUAACAGUGAGGGAGUUACAUGUUUAUCACACUGGUUUUAUACUCUGAAUUCUAAGUUAUUGAGAUAGAGUUGUUAUGUAAGCUGUUACUACUUGUCAGAAAUCAUGAGGAGGAACAAUUUAAUCCAGCCUGAGUGUGGGUACUUGUGUUUGACCUCUUUAGCCAUAUGUUGCAACCUUAUAGCGUCUAAGCUGGUCUUAAAAGUAAUAAGUGAUUCAUGGAGUCAUUAGUGAGAAAUGGGGUGUGGCUAAGUGCUGGUUUCUAGCUCUGUGUGUGUGUGUUAAGUGUAUAUAUUCACACAUUUUAUAUUGACAUUCUGUAGAUACGUUUGAAUACAGAAACUUUUUUUUAUCCUAACUACUGAAUCAAAAGUACCAAAUAGUUGGUAUAGCUAAAGUUAAAAUUUGAGGUUGUGUCUAAAAGGUAAAAGGUGCAGUGAUUCAGUGAUUUCCAAUUAUCAUUUGUUUCAGCUUUUUUUUUUUUUUUUAAGUUGAGCAUCUCUGCAGUUAAAUAGUUGAAUACUGAAUACUUAGAUGCGGCUCAGUUAUUGUGGUGAUCAGGAUAGUGAAACAGCCACUUGUUCAGUUGUCAGCAGUGACUGGUUCUUGAGGUAGUUGUGAGAUCAACACUGAUGUUAUCUUUCAAAAGAGUAACAUAGAGACAUUUUAUAUAGUUGCUGUUGUGAAGUGGAUUGAAAGCCUCUCACAAAAAUGAGAGUUUUUUGAAAAAACCCAGUGCCAUUCAGUACACAUGACAUGUGAUUUUCCUUUCUUCAGUUACUGUAACAUAGUUCUGCCGUAAUCAUUGUUUUGUAAUGUUAUUUCAAAGUUAUGUGUUCUUUAGUUAAGAACAAGUGUAAUGUGAUCAUCAGACAUGAAAUGUUAGUUUAAAAUAAGUGGCUUUUACUCUGUGUUCUAAGAAUACUCAUUUUGUAACUUUAAUUUUUAAGCCUUUUUUUAAAAGCAUAUUACAAAUUGUACCCCGGUUAGUACAGAUGAUACACACCAAAAUUCCUGUCUGUAGUCAUUUGAUUCUAUGUGCACUAUGUAAGUUUUUUUUUUUUUUUUUUGUUUUGUCCAAAAUUUCACUAACCAGAAUUUUCUUACAAGCACUUAAAUACCCAGCAUGAGGAACAUGACACACUGCGAUACUGAGGUGCCAUCGGAGUCAUCAGAAAGAUUAUGUUUCGUGGUCGUGGUUUUUUUGUAUACUUUGAAAACUCAACCUCUUCAUGAGUCAUUUGAUUGAUUUCUUUGAUAAUAUAUCACGCACUGAAAUACUGGUUAUAUUUUCCUUUCAAUUGUGUUGACUGGCAGGUGGUGUAGAGGUUGCCGGAGAACACUUAGUUAACAAAAAAAAGCAAGUUUUGAACAAUUGUGAAAAUGAUUGAUCUUGAAUGCAAAGCAAAGAAUACCAAAAAUAAAAAUUUCAUCUCCAUUUUUAAUAACUAUUAUGCUAUUAUUUUAUAAAUGUGUAAUAAAGAGGGUCCCUCUUUAUUGAUUUUUCUCUAUUCCUGAUUCUUUGGGUUACAUAAAAAUUUCUGGGUGUUGUAGGGUUUUUUCUCCCACGUUUAUCAAACUUGCCCUUACACUGUUUUUGUCUUGCUGUGUGAUUUCAUUUUAGUCUUACUGAAUUGGUUGGUUGAAAGUAAGGG